AGGAACUAACCCCAAAUGCAGCUGGAAUCCCUGGAGGAGAAUCCGGGCUGGGUGCCUGGGAACUUUGCAGGGAGCCCAAAGGCCUCACUGGGGCUCCCCACCAAAGACGUGCUCUUUGGGAUGCGCGCGGUGCUGGGAAGCAUUCUCGGGGGAAGGGGGUUGUCCGCGGGGGAUGAGCAGGUGCCCAUCAGGUGUCUUGACUGGGCUGUGGUUACUCAGGGCACACCCCUGUCUUACAUUCCCGCACCGGGAGCCCGCAGGAAUCCGAGAGGAGCGAAGCCACAGACACCGAGCCACAGCUCCCGUGGGCGUCACGCCCUCCCUCGUGGCUUCAUUACUGCCCACGAGCGCUCUGCUUCUCAGCCUUACUCUGUUUUCUUUUUUCCUUCUUCUGCAGUCUUCCCUGCACAACCCGAGCGUGUUGCUGUCGUGACCGGCGGGACGGACGGCAUCGGCUACGCGACCGCCAAGUGUCUGGCCAAGCUCGGCAUGCACGUCAUCAUAGCGGGAAAUAAUGACGGCAAAGCCCUGGAAGUCGUGAGGAAGAUAAAAGAAGAAACCCUGAAUGAGAAAGUGGAGUUUUUGUAUUGCGACCUGGCGUCCAUGAGGUCUGUCCGGCAGUUCGUCCAGAAGUUCAAGAUGAAGAACAUCCCCCUCCAUGUGCUGGUCAAUAACGCCGGCGUGAUGAUGGUCCCUGAGCGGAGCACCGAGGACGGCUAUGAGGAGCACUUUGGGGUGAACUACCUGGGCCACUUCCUGCUCACCAACCUCCUCCUGGACACCCUGAAAGCAUCCGGUUCUCCCGGCCGCAGCGCCAGGGUGGUGACUGUGUCCUCGGCCACGCACUACGUCGGGGAGCUGAACCUGGACGACCUCCAGAGCAGGAGCGGCUACUCGGCGCACGGCGCCUACGCCCAGAGCAAGCUGGCCCUGGUGCUGUUCACCUACCACCUGCAGGCGCUGCUGGCCGCCGCUGGCAGCCACGUGACCGCCAACGUGGCCGACCCCGGCGUGGUCAACACCAACCUCUACAGACAUGUCUUCUGGGGCACGGGGCUCAUGAAGAAGAUAUUCGGCUGGUGGUUUUCCAAGACCCCGGAGGAAGGAUCCUGGACUUCCGUCUACGCGGCGGUCUCCCCUGCGCUGGAAGGUGUCGGCGGCCGCUACCUUUACAACGAGAAAGAGACCAAGUCGCUGGCGACCACGUACGACCGAAAGCUGCAGCGACAGCUGUGGGCCAGGAGUUGCCAGAUGACCGGCAGCGCUGACGUGACCCAGGACGCCUCGUCGGGGUAGCGGCCACGCCAGGGGACCGCGUUCAGUCCCGCACUCACAGAUGCACAAGAGGCUGUGAAUUCUGUGCCGCAGAACCGGGAGAUGUUGGUGUGAACAGGCAAGAGACCAGGACGAGGCCUUGGGGACGUUCAUCUGAGGUCCGCACCCCUCGUCCGUGUCCCACUGUGGCUGGCAGAGCUGAGAGCCCAGCACGGGAGACUCUGCACAGCGGCCAGAGAGGAGCGGGCCGGGCCCUUCUGCAGGGCAUGCAGACUCCGCAGGACGUCCGCUUGGCUGAGAAGCAUCCUGAUGCCCUUCACAGGACAGCCACGGGUGACAGGAAGGAUGAUGGUGACCAGGGCCAGCACCAAGAGGGGUGCACCCAGAGGUCACGGGGCACAAUGACACCUGAGCACCAGAAGUUCCUGGACUUCUCCAUUCCAGCUGCAGGAGAGGUGGCGACCGACAGUGUGACUCAGAAGACAAAUUAAUGCAUCUUCGUGGCCUGUAUGUCACACGUCUGCAGAGCCCCCCAGGGAAUUCAGGUCUUUGUGUGAAGAUGGGGGCACAUGCGCCUCUGGAAGGCCCUGCUUGCUCAGACAGCUCACUGAGAUGCCGUGUGUAUGUGUCCUGGAGCAUCUGUAACAAAUAACCUCAAACUGGGAGGCUAAAAACCACAGACAUCCACCUUCCCCAAGUCUUGGAGACCAGACGUCUGAGGCCAAGGCGUCCCAGGGCCGCGCUCCCUCCCGAGGCUCCAGGGGAGGGUCCCUCCUGCCUCUUCCAGCUUCUGGGGGCUCCAGGAGUCCAUCCCUGCGCUGGUGGCCGCCUCCCUCCCGUCUCUGCCUCCGUCUCCACGUGGCGUCUCCUCUG